AUGCAUUCCAUUCCCUCAAAAUCAUAUCAUCCCCCCCCCCUGUUUUUUUUCCAUUCCAUUCCCUCUUCACCCUUCAUUGACAACACCACAACUCACUAUCGUUGCCACCACCCACCACCACUGUCAUCCGCCGCCGGCACCCCCCUUUGCCACCACCCGCCACCGCCGUCACCCGCCACCGUCGUUGCCGCCACCCACCUCCAUCCCCGCCACCGCCGUCGCUGCCAUCGUCGUUGCCACCUCCGAUCACCGCUACCACCCACAUUCGAUCAUCGCCGCCGCCAUCAUCGCUGCCACCUCCGAUCACCACCGCCCUCGCCACCCACCUCCACCAUUGCUAUCAACCACCACCACCCACCGCCACCACCGCUACCACCUACCACCUCGCCACCGCCUUUGACCACUGCCGCCACCCACCACCACCACCGCUGUCACCACCCGUCGCCAUCUCCAUUCGCCGCUGUCUCCACCCACCACCGUCGCCGCUACAACUGCCACCUAUCACCACCCACCAUCGCCGCCCAUCAUUGA